CAAAUUCGACUAAUGUAAACGUUUCGCCGAUGUAGGAUAUUUUGGCAGAACACCGGUCGCUUCCAGAUCAUUUAGGUGCAUUUCAUGUAUGAGCUACAAGGUGCCCGUCAGGCAGAACCGCGCCAGGGGCCGGAUUGGACCCACGCCAGCGGGCCGUACGUUGGACAUGUUUGAACGCACGCUUUAGCGCCCCGAUCACAAGGCCCUCCUCCCUGACUCUAUUGGCGGAGCUGCCGUCAAUCGGUCUUGAUCCGCCCGCCCGCUUUGUGGAGAGCUGCUGCCUGCCUAGAAGCUUUCGAGUCAGCCGGCGUCUUUCUUCCUCGUCAUCGUCGUUGCUUCUACAUUCUUUCGAGAUGUUCGGCCAACAGGUCCUCGUUCUCAACCAGAACGUGAAGAGAGAGUCUGGACGGAAGGUUCAGACGGGAAACAUCAGCGCGGCAAAGACCAUCGCCGAUGUGAUCAGGACCUGUCUGGGCCCGCGGGCCAUGAUGAAGAUGCUGCUGGAUCCCAACGGCGGAAUCGUCAUGACCAACGACGGGAACGCCAUCUUGCGAGAGAUCCAGGUGCAGCAUCCCGCCGCUAAAUCCAUGAUCGAGAUCAGCCGCACGCAGGACGAAGAAGUCGGAGACGGAACCACGUCCGUCAUCAUCCUCGCCGGCGAGAUGCUGUCGGUGGCCGAGCAGUUCCUGGAGCAGCAGAUGCACCCCACCGUCGUCAUCGGCGCCUACAGGCGAGCCCUGGAGGACAUGUUGGAAACCUUGAAGGAGAUCAGCGUCCCCGUGGACACGUCGGACCGCUCGGCCAUGCUGAAGAUCGUGCGCUCGGCCGUCAACACCAAAGCGCUGAGCCGCUGGUCGGACCUGGCGUGCGGCAUGGCUCUGGACGCCGUGCUGACCGUGGAGACGGAAGACAACGGCCGCAAGGAGAUCGACAUCAAGAAGUACGCCAAAGUAGAGAAGGUACCGGGCGGCAUCAUCGAGGACUCGUGCGUGCUGAGCGGCGUGAUGGUUAACAAGGACGUGACGCACCCGCGCAUGCGCCGCCUCAUCAAAGAGCCGCGCGUGGUGCUGCUCGACUGCUCGCUGGAGUACAAGAAGGGCGAGAGCCAGACCGACAUCGAGAUGAGCAAGGAGGAGGACUUUGCGCGCAUCCUGCAGAUGGAGGAGGAGUACGUCCAGCAGAUGUGCGAGGACGUCAUCCGGGUCAAGCCCGAUCUCGUCUUCACCGAGAAAGGAAUCUCAGACCUGGCGCAGCACUACCUGGUCAAGGCCAACAUCACCGCUAUCCGCCGCGUCCGGAAGACCGACAAUAAUCGCAUUGCCAGGGCCUGCGGCGCGCGCAUCGUCAGCCGAACCGACGAGCUGCGCGAGGAGGACGUGGGCACGGGGGCGGGGCUCUUCGAGGUCAAGAAGAUCGGCGACGAGUACUUCGCCUUCGUCACCCAAUGCAAGGAGCCCAAGGCUUGCACCGUCCUGCUCAGAGGCGCCAGCAAGGAGAUCUUGGCGGAGGUGGAGCGCAACCUGCAGGACGCCAUGCAGGUGUGCCGCAACGUGCUGCUGGAGCCGGCCCUGCUGCCGGGCGGGGGCGCUGCGGAGAUGGCGGUCUCCAAGCGCCUGACAGAGCGUUCGCGCGCCCUGGUGGGCGUGGAGCAGUGGCCCUACCGCGCCGCCGCCCAGGCGCUGGAGGUCAUCCCGCGCACGCUGAUCCAGAAUUGCGGCGCCUCCACCAUCCGCGUGCUCACCUCGCUCAGGGCCAAGCACGCGGCGGCGGACGGCGCGUCCUGGGGCGUGGACGGCGAGACGGGUACCCUCCGCGACAUGGCGGCCGCCGGCAUCUGCGAGCCUCUCGCCGUCAAGGCGCAGACGUACAAGACGGCGGUGGAGACGGCCAUCUUGUUGCUGCGCAUCGACGACAUCGUGUCGGGGCACAAGAAGAAGGACAAGGAUCAGGCGGCGGGGGGUCCCGGGGCCGAGUAACACGUCUUCAAUAAAGUUAAUGAGCAAAAGUUGUUUUCCAUGUGUCAAACGGGGUGGAGGUGGCGUGCGUGCGUGCCUUUUGUUUUCUGGAAUAAACCUAAUUUGCCCUGGAUCUCGUGCAGGGGGGUUUUUCACUUGCGCAGAACCAUUCGGCCUUUCCAUCACCAAAAAGGAGACCUCGUUCAGUGAAAGUCAAUUCUUGGUUUUCCUCAUCCAUUCAGGUUCUGUCAAAAAUGUUAGGAGCUCUACGGGGAAGCCAAUGUCAACAGGGGCAAAACAACUUGAAUCUUUGGGUUUUGCCUCCUCAAGGAACCGGCGACUGCAUUCAAGCCAAGUUUUCUCAUUUUGACUGAAAUUCCACCACAUUGUGUUUAUAAUACCAUCAAUUGAAAUAAUAUGGUUACACACGCAGAGAAAUGACUCCUAUGUAUUUCCAAUCAACUUGAAUCGGCGGACGCGGCGCAGUUCGUAGCUCGAGUUCAAUUCCCAACGAUGGUCAAGGCGCCGAAGCCUAAUUUGCCCUUGACGGAUUGGCACGGCCGCAGCACAAUUGGUGUGUGAAUGUGGGCUAAAAAAGGUGCUUUGGGCAUGGUGAAACCAUGUAGAUAUAUGAGUACAUUUACAAUGCGAUGACAUUUUUGCCUAAACCAUCAAGGUGCACGUUUGCCCUAUGACCUGGCGGCCGGCCUUUGUCUGUUUUGACAACUUGUCAAAUAUUGCUUUGGCUUUUUAAAAAUCUACAAUCUUCCCAUGCGUGUUUUUUUUCUUCAAAUAUAGAUCAGCACCAAAAAAUACACAUUUGUGCAUUGUAAACAAAACAUACACACGUGAUAACAAAAAUAAAGGAGGCACAUUGUACUACGCAUGGCAGAAUUCUUUUCAAUGAUAAGGCACUUCAAUUGUCAUAUUUAGAAAACACGCACACAAAGGUAUACCUACACAACCCUACGGGUCAAAGACAAUUCUGAGUGUUCAAAUACUUUAUUUGUAUGCAUAAGCUUAUUAAUAUAUAAAUUUGAUUUUAAAAGUAGCCAAAAAUAUGGAGUGGACUUUGAAACCCUCAUUUUGUGUAUGUAAAACUUUAUAAACAGCAACA